CAUUCACCCCUUCCCCCCGUCCCAGUUCUCUCUUCUUCCUGUUCAAAGCGAUGGCGCUCCCAGCACGGGCCGUCUCGCUCAAGCCGUUCAACCUCGCGUCGACUGUCCGCACUCUUCCCUCGGGCGUGCCCUCUGUACCGGGCAUUAACCUCUACGCCAAGGUCUACGGUGCCGACCACGGACAUGACCAUGGUCACAGCCUAUCCAGGAGCGAUGUUCCUCCUUCUUGGGCUAGCGGGAUCAGGCUGGGUGGGGGCUCCAAGUUCGAGAGCAGGACAGUGAUGAACGCUCCGGUCUCCCGUGGGAUGCACACCUCUACCAAGGUCCCCUCCGCCAACCCCUAUUCCGUGCCAGACUGGUCGCACUACAAGACUGAGAGCCCAUCAAUGAACCGCGCUUUCUCGUACUUCAUGGUAGGCUCGAUGGGUCUGCUCGGCGCCUCGGCGGCCAAGGCCACCGUCACAGAUUUCCUGGCAACGAUGGCUGCUUCUGCGGACGUGCUCGCUCUCGCCAAGGUAGAAGUGUCCAUGUCCGCAAUCCCCCUGGCGAAGAACGUGAUCAUCAAGUGGCGCGGGAAGCCCGUGUUCAUCCGCCAUCGUACUGCGGCGGAGAUCGAUGAUGCCCGGCAUGUGGACCUCAAGUCCCUCCGGGAUCCGGAGACGGACGAGGCGAGGACGAAGCGGCCGGAAUGGCUUGUCAUGCUGGGCGUGUGCACCCAUCUGGGUUGUGUCCCUAUCGGCGAGAGCGGUGAUUAUGGUGGAUGGUUCUGCCCUUGCCACGGGUCGCACUACGACAUCUCCGGUCGUGCACGCAAGGGUCCCGCACCUCUCAACCUCGAAAUACCCCCAUACGACUUCAACGACGCCGAGGAGAAGAUCAUCAUCGGUUGAGCGUACUCCCCGCCCAACCCGACCCGAACUGCCAAAAGCACGCAGGUACUAAUAGUACAUCUCGACCUUCCCUUUUCCUGUCCGGAAACCCGCGUAGACGAGGCAAAA